CCAGUGUUGGAAAACGCAGCUCCACAGCUGUUUUGCAAAGUUCUUAAUUAUAUUUUUGUUUGCUUAUUUUUUUCUUUUGUUUUCCUUUCGCUUGCAAUUAUUAUGUUUAUUUGGCAUUAUUUGACCCUCUUGUGCCUUGGUUUCGCCCUUGACGAUGCGAAGUCCAUCAAGAAAUCGCAGGCUAAUCUCUUGGAACCAAUACUUGAUCCGGAUGAGAAGCUGGGGAAGAUGGGGAAGUCCCCACCCGACAUCUCCAAUGAUGUGCAACGUGUGCAGGUUCCAUUAGGUGCUUCGCCCGGCGAUGAUGACUGGCAGGGCAAGUGGUUUCCUCAUGCCCCUGGACAACAGCAGGAGACGAUGGAAUCUAAAAUUAAGAGCACCACCGAGGCAGUUGCUCCGCUGGAGUCCACAACCAAGGACGGUUGGGAGGGCAAGUGGUUUCCACAAGCCCCUGGCGCACCACACGUGGUAAAGAAAAAACCGCUGGUCGGUAAGGAAACGAAGUCGGAGGAGUCCACAACCCAGGACCCUUGGCAGGGCAAAUGGUUUCCCCAGGGUCCCCACGAACCUCACAAACCAAAUAAGAGCAUUUGUGAUGAUGGCAAGAGCAACCUUGCAGUGGACUUCGAUCCAAAUGACAUCCGUGAUAGCCUGAAUUACCUUUGCAUCAGCAGCAAUCGCAGCUUGUAUCAGCCGGAUUUGUCCAGAGAAGCCAUACUCACGGAGCACUUCCUGCCCAGCGCCUAUCUGCCGCCUGCCAAGUGCCUUAAUGAGCCCAUCAGUUACUCCCAUCUGCCUGCCACCAAUGGACAUUAUCGGCCUAUGCCCGCUGAAUAUGGCACAUAUUCCUACUUGCCACCUCAGCGAUACGUUCGUAAUCUGGCGGAAGGUGCCAUCGUAAUGCUCUACCAUCCCUGCGCUUUUCCCGGCCAAGUAAAGCAGCUGCAGGACAUCGUGGGUGGCUGCCUGUAUCGCCAUCUGGUGUCACCCUCGCUGGCUCUAAGUCCGGAGCGACCACUGGCCCUGCUGGCCUGGAGUCGCAGCCUGGAGAUGUCCGUGGUGGAUCGGCAACUGGCGGCGGACUUCAUCCAGAAACACUCCAAGCAGGGACCCCUUGCACCGGAGGAAAUGUCGCGGGUGGUUGCCAAAAGACAGACCUACAAGGAGGGCCUUCUCACGGAAGCGCACUUGGUCACCACGGCGGAUGACUACGAGGUGUGCGGUUACAUGCAGGAGGAGAUGUAGGGUGAAUGUGUUACCUAUUUUUUGUUAAUAAAAUUCGAAUACUUUGUCAA